AUGAUAGUUAGGAAAAGACUUCGAGGAGCUCGUGAAUGUACGUGUCCGUCUCCUUCGACAAUAAAGAAAAAUAGCUCUAACCAUGGCACUGCAAUAAUUUACCUCGCUGCGAUCACCGGCGUGGAUCUGAAAGUAUUGAAAAAACCUCGGGAUCCUAUUUACGCUUUCCUCUGUUGUGUUGUGUGUUAUGGUGGGUUGAAAGCAGUGACCGUUUCAAGAGUUUUAGUGACCCCAGAACCUAAGGAAUCAAGCGCGUCGUCUUCAGUACCUCAGCAAAAUUUGCAAUUAUCCCGGGGCUCAUUAACGGCCAUUCUUUAUUUGAUGUACCGCGAGCGGGCGAGCUUGGCAGAGGGAGAAUCGGAUGAUAGCCCCAUAUUCUGA